CUAGGCAGCCUGUCCAUACUCAGUUUUCAGCAAAGGCUAAUAUGUUAUGUGAGCAAAACAUAUUGAAGCAAAAUGCAUUUCCUUUCAACUAUUCCUCAAACACUAGCAAUGAUUUGGCUCUUUUAUUUACUCAUCUCUCUUGGUCUCAUUAGUGGCUACCAAAAUGAAGCUACAAAUGCAAAUAACAAAGUUAUAUCUAUUGGGGCUAUCAUUGAUGUUAAUUCUCGCAUUGGGAAAGAACAGCAAGUAGCCCUGGACAUUGCUGCUCAAAGUUACAAUAGCACUUCAAGGACCUACAAGUUGGCUCUCUAUUUUCGGAACUCCACCAAGGAUCCCCUCAGAGCCAUCACUCUUGUUGAAGAGAUGAUUUAUAAGCAAAAGGUGCAAGUGAUUAUAGGGAUGCACAAAUGGUCAGAAGCAGCUCUAGUGGCUGAAAUAGGAAGCCAAGCUCAAGUUCCUAUCAUAGCAUUUGCAGAACCUACAAUUACCCCACCAUUGAUGACAGAGCGAUGGCCUUUUUUGGUGAGACUGGCUAACAGUAGUACAACAUAUAUCAAAUGUAUUGCAGAUAUAGUGCAAACUUAUAAUUGGCAGAGAGUAGUUGCCAUCUAUGAAGAUGAUGCAUAUGGUGGAGAUUAUGGUAUGCUAGCACUGCUAUCUGAGGCCCUCCAGGAUGUAGGUUCAAUGAUUGAAUACCACUUAGUUCUUCCACCUAUUUCUUCUCUACAUGAUCCAGGCGGGCUUGUACGUGAAGAGUUGCUUAAGUUGUGGCAAACACAAUCUCGUGUGUUCAUUGUGCUGCAAUCUUCAUUUGAAAUGGCGAUUCAUUUGUUUAAAGAAGCCUCAAAAAUGGGACUCGUGGACAAAGAAUCAGUUUGGAUACACCCAGAGAGCAUAACUAAUUUGCUGGACUCUGUCAACAAGUCUUCUAUUUCCUAUAUGGAAGGAGCUUUAGGAAUCAAGACCUACUACUCCGAAAACAGCACUGAGUACCAAGAUUUUGAGGCUCAAUUCCGGAAAAAAUUUUGGCCUAAGAAUGCUGAGGAAGAUAAUCGCUACCCAGGAUUUUAUGCUUUGCAAGCAUAUGACAGCAUUAAAAUUGUGACUCAAGCAGUAGACAGAAUGGCCGGUAGAAACACUAGCAGCCCAAAGAAUUUACUAAGAGAAAUACUGUCUAGCAACUUUCUUGGUUUAAGUGGUCAAAUUCAAUUUGAAGAUGGACAACUCCUGCAGAAUCCUAUUUUGAGGAUAGUAAAUGUGGCUGGGAGGAGUUACAAGGAAGUAUGCUUUUGGAGUCAACAACAUGGGUUCACCACAAACCUCCCUAUAGGACAAGGUGGAUAUAAUGUUGCAGGUAAUACAAAAUGUUUCAAUGGUGUACGUUGGCCCGGGGAUCUGAAGCAUGAUCCAAAGGGCUGGAAAAUGCCUACUAAACAAAAUCCAUUGAGAAUCGCAGUCCGAAACAGAACCUCAUUUUCCAAGUUUGUCAACUAUGAUCAGAAUAAAAAAAUAUAUAGUGGAUUCUGCAUUGAUAUUUUUCAGAGUGUGCUCCCCCUUUUGGGGUAUGACUUGCCAUAUCAAUAUUAUCCCAUUGAUGGAACCUAUAAUGAUUUGGUUCAGCUUGUUUAUAACAAGACUUAUGAUGCUGUCGUUGGGGACAUGACCAUACUAGAGGAAAGAAUGCAGUACGUGGAUUUUACAGUGCCAUAUGCAGAAUCAGGAUUGUCAAUGAUAGUUCCAUCAAAGUCAGAAGAGUCAGCAUGGAUGUUCACAAAGCCCUUUACCUGGGAACUGUGGAUGGUUACAGGUGCCAUUUUGAUUUACACAAUGUUAGCAGUUUGGUACCUUGAGAGAGAAUCCAAUCCUGAGUUUCAUGGCAAUUGGAAGAGCCAGAUCAGUACAGCUCUUUGGUUUACCUUCUCGUCUCUGUUCUUCGCUCAUAGGGAAAAAAUGAGUUGCAACUUAACUCGUAUGGUGAUGGUCUCAUGGCUCUUGCUAGUUCUGAUCCUUACUUCAUGCUACACUGCUAGUCUUUCUUCAAUGCUCACAGUUAAACAACUGCAACCAAAUGUCACAGACAUUCAGUGGUUGAAGAGGAACAACAUGAAAAUUGGUUGUGAUGGUGACUCAUUUGUUCGGUCGUUCCUGGAGAAAGUAGAAAAUUUUAAGCCUGAGAACAUCAUAAAUGUUACUGAUGAAUACAACUACGAUGGUGCGUUUAAAAAUAACAGUAUAGCAGCUGCCUUUCUUGAACUCCCAUAUGAAAAGGUGUUCAUAAGUGAAUGCUGCAACAGAUACAUUGGUUUCACUCCCAGAACCAGAUUUGGAGGACUGGGCUUUAUGUUCCAGAAAGGCUCGCCACUGGCCAGAGACGUGUCAAAAGCUAUAUUACAUCUCUCAGAAAAAAAAGCAGAGCUGAAGAGAUUGGAAGAGAAGUGGUUGAUUACCUCACCGGCAUCAUGCUCCAACGUGACCUCCGAUGAUACGGACAGUUUGAAGCUGAGAAGUUUAUGGAUUCUAUAUGUCAUCUCAGGUGCCACUUCCACCAUUUGUGUGCUACUAUCAGCCAUCCAGUCUCUAGUAAAAUCCUGUCACCAAUGUCAAGCAGUGGCACCAGAAGGCAAUGACACACCAAGUGAUCAUAAAGUGUGGGAAAAGGUGAUUACACAUGCAAAACAGAUUUUUAACAAAAAGAUCAAUAAUUCAAGUGAGGCACAGGAACAGGUUGUGACUGAUUGUUCUUUGAGAUGGGAUCGCGUGAACAUGACUGUUUCCCCUGAGCAUCAGCAGGAAAUGGCUUCUCCGCUACCCGGAAUUUUAAUGCUACCUUCUCCACCCCCAGAGGUUCAGAUGACAACUCAUGAUUUAGGAAUCACCAACACUUCAAAGUAGUUGCAAUAGUAGACACUGCUUUUGGUGUACCUUAGGAUCUCAUGUAGAUUACCAGACACUGUCAAUCAAUCUUUUGUGAAGUUUAUAGCCUUUUUCACGAAUAACAUCAUCUGUAGUGGGCUCUUUAACUCUUCCAAUGUGCUUAAAUAGAACCGUUAAAGGCAACUAUUCUAUCUGAAGCUACAAAAUAUGUGGCCCUAGUUACAAAUGUCUGCAAAUAUAUAGAACAUACAUACGAUCAGAUAGUGAAUUCUGUGUUCGUAUUGUACAAACAUAGUGAAUAAGAUUAUGCAUGACUACAACUCUACAACAUAAUAAUUCUCAUUUUGAUUUAGAAA